UUUCACUACCAUAUUCGUCUCCGGCUCUUAAGAGACAAAGAUGCAAAAUUAUCUUUGGGGUUUCUUGCGCGGCAAGAAAGAUGAGGAGACAAAUGAUUUUACGGAGGCCCAUAUGGGUGAGGAGAACAACUUUUACUAUAAUGAAGAGUUGAAGCGUUGGGUUGUUCGCGGUGAGGAGGAUAAGGUUGCUAACGAGGGUGCGGAAUCCGUUCCACCAAUGCCUGCGGCCGAUAACAAUGCUGCCAUUACACCUCCUCCAGCUCCGAUCGUCGGUAAACGUAGAGGCAAUGCCCUGACCUCUGAGCAUCUAUACACCAAGAUCCCGGGUAUAGAGGUCAUAGAGUCACGUGAACCUGUUGAGCACACUCCGUUGAUUCCAUUCGCUGCGAAAUCGCAAUUUAUUCCAGAAUCUGGUGGUGAGAAGGAGGGUGAUUAUGACUUUAUCAACUAGUACCCUUUGACGUUGGUUCAAGGCUCUCUAUAUCAAUGUCACUGUUAUCGGUAACUCUUGAGAGCUUGGGUUUUUGACCUUUUUUAACGCGUCUGCAUUGAUAUUAUCGUGGAUUACACGUGCUUACUUUCGGUCCAGGAUUAAUUUUUCUAUGCACUUACGCCACGCUGGUAUGGUAUCAUCGGCAUCCUACAUUUGUUUAUGGGUCUAGUACAUGGCUUACCUUAUCAAACUGCAUGGUGAAGUACUCAUACGUUGUGAGCUUUUUGUGUAUGAGGUAGCAGUGCAGGAAGUACAAUUGCCAUAGCAUGAUGGCGAUUACGGUACUGAUUAUGGUGACGAUAGAUAGUGCGGCAUAGAAGGCGCCUGCGUUAAAGCUGCCGUACGAAGCUUCCCAUGUGUUUCGAGGUAUAUAGGUUACGAAGUCCAUGAUGUGUAGUGUUGCUCCGUGUAUUGCGAUCAUGGUGACAAAUACUGCGCACGAUGCCACCAGUGCGACGAAAACCUUGUAAUUCUGGGCUCCUAUGCAAUUGUUGACCCAUAUGCAAUGGUGGUCGAAUCUGAGUACGCAUUUGUUACAUAUGUUGCAGUGUUUGCUGCUGGCGUCCACUGACUUGCAUAUGUCACACAUAGCUUCUGGGUUGGUUAAUCGCAUGGGUGCUAGGUCUCCUUUCCUUCUCGAUUCUAUUACAUCAGCUGCUUUGGGAUCGACUGGAUCUGAGAAUACGACCGUGAGGAAUAGUGCCCAUACUAGACAUGCCACUAUAGACACUAUUGCGGCUGACCAUGCGUAGUAUGGCUGCGGUAUACAUGGUAAGAU